AUGCUGCAUUUCCGGGAGGUGUUCGAGACCUCCUGCUGCAACGCGUACAUAUGUGCCUUUUGCCACGCCGACUAUGUCCGGCGGCAAGACGCUAGCGAGCCGAGCUGUGCAGCCGAUGCCUUCAUCCCGGUCGGUCUCGCAUGCCCUCACUGUGCCUCGACGUCGACGGGGGAUCCGCUGGCGCGCCGAACCCAGGAGGACACGGCGCGGCUGCAUGUCGAUUCGCCCGCCACAAAGAGGGCGUUGCAAGCGGCCGCGUCUGGUGGCAGGGCGGCGGAUGAGGAUCAACCGUUCUCGCCGCUGCGGAUAGGGGAUGGGUUUGCAGCUAUGGCGCGGAAGAUGAGCCGGCUUGAGGAUACUGGCAUGUCGUUCUCCAGCGGCAAUGUGAGUACUUCUUUCUCCGAGAGCUCUGAGAGCACUGUCAUGCGCCAGACGUACCGUUGA